AUGGCGGGCAGACUUGUUUUCUUGGCCAGAAUGGCGCUCACGCUCACCGGGAAUAUGAAGAACAUCGUCUCUCAGGCGCCAGAUCCGCCUUGGGAUGUGGAGGACUUCCUGGAAAACGUCGAUCUAUUGAUGGGAACCCUACAGCCAAUCCCGAUCACGCCCGCUGGCUCUGAGCAGAGCAAUAUUUCUAAGUUGAAGAAAUCGUUGGCAUUGUCAUGUUACUUGUGCGACGGCUUUUGCGAAUAUUACUCCCGUCUUGUGGAGGAGAAACUCGAAGGUCGCUUUGAUUUGUUCCAAGACUGGAAAGAUGUACGCUACAUGAGCUGGUCUAUCGAGGAAUUUACGAUGGUGGUGCGCGGACUCACAACUGAGAUCAAGUCUUUUCACAAGGGUAGCAUGCAGAUCACCAAGGAAGAGAAAACCCUCAUUGAAAGUAUGCAUGGCAUGGUAAAGAAGCUUCCUUCACAGACGCCGUCAACGUCGACAUCUGAAAUUGCAAACACUACGUCUCAGCCCAGCUCCAGAGCUUUGACUUCUGGUUCCGGACAGCAAUCCGUCCUCAGUGCAGAGCCGUAUGGAGAUCCGCCACCACCCUACAGAGCGGGGAGCGCUGGCAGUCGCAGACCGCCUAAGUGGUCAUAA